AGCCGCAGUCGGCCGCGGGUAUAUUGUCGGCCAGCUAACGAUAACAACGGCAAUAACGAUAAUAACAUUACCUGUACGCUUACGCUUUUGUCCAGCAGCAACAGCCGCAGCACCGGCCGCACCGGCAGCAGUUUCCGUCCACGUGUCUGGCGCAGAAAUAUUACCGAUCCGACGACGCGCGUUGUCCGAGUGUAUCCGUCCGAGGCGCUACAGGUCUGUAACCCGAAAGAAACAAACAAUUUUUUUUAUACUUGUAAACAUGUUAUGUUAUGUACGGUACGGUAUUAUGUUAUUAUAAGGGAGAUAAACGGAGGCGACAUCGAGGUCCCGUUUUUCUUGUCCGGUCCGCCGGUUAUCCGCAGUUCGGUUCAGCGAGCGGUUUUCGACGUUGCCGUUAAAAAGAAAAAAGAAGCGCGUGUUAUUAUUUUCACGAAAUACGCGCGUUUCGCUUAACGCCAACACUAUAAGAUCGCGCCGUUUCCAAAACUAGAGUCGCUCGAAAUAUUACGGGGUUUUCAGCGGUCGAAACAUUCGUUAUCGUCCACGAGUUUUCAUUGUUUGGUCGUGUUCCGUAUCGCGUACACGCGUACACUUUCGUUUGCCCGGAACCAAUCGUACUCGCCACAAGGACCGUCGUCGGAUAAUAUGACGUCGCACGAAAAUCGCCUCCUGUUGCGGGCGUCACUGCGGCGCGUUACAGACGGGUCGCGAAAGUUCGAAAAGAGGCGCGGUUCCGAGAACUUUGACGAAAUCGCGAUAUUUAUUUCUCUUUCUUAUUCCGGAACUGCUCCCGUGCCAUCCGGCCCGCCCGCGCAUCGCGUUGCGGUCACUCGCGAAACGCCCACGCAAAACCCACGAAUACACGGCCGGCGUGCGGGUGCCCGAUAUGACCCGCGCGAUAAACGUGUGGGAACCCGAAAACGCGUGUAAAAAAUCUCACUGUCGUACGAAUGUCCCCCGGCGCGGUCGUUUACGAUUCGGCGCGGUCGUUACGGCGACGUUUUCGAUUUCGGUGAUUCGCAGCGCAGAUUACCCCAUAUUAUUGUUGGCCGGCAAUAACGCGCGGUUCGGGCCGAUUCGACAAUAAUCUAUUUCGUACGAUUACCGCGGCGGCGAGGGGAAGCGCGGGGAAUCGACUUCCCGACUCUACCGCCCCCCCACGCCCCCCCUCCACGCCCGGCCGCCCGUGCAAUCCGCGGCCGUCCGACGGCGUUAACCUAGCCUAACCUAUAUAAUGCGCGUUAAUAACGCACAACGUAUUACGAUUAAAAACCGUUUUAUUAUAAUAAUUUCUCGCGCUACAUGUUCAACUGUCCGUUGUCGGCCGUACACCUACUACACGCGUGUAGUAUAUACGCGUGUGUGUGUGUGUGUGUGUGUGUGUGCGUGUGUGUGUGUGUGUGUGUGUGUGUGUGUACACACAUACUAUUAUAUUCGGCCACCGUCCGAAAUUAUUAACGGGUCAAUCGACGCGCCCCUCCCCGCCACCCGCCCACCGGCCCCGAUUAAUCCGCGCGCGUCACCGAGUUACGAUUCCGUAUUGUAGACGCUCCGCGCGGUAAAUCCGACGGUAUAAUAUCGUCGACGGGGCUCCCGUUAGGUUAGGCGUUAGCCCGCAGUGUAUUCCGCACGGAAAACCGUGUCUCCCGGGGGAACAGAAAAAACUCUCACGCCCCCGCGGAACGGUUGGGUUUUAACGAUUUAUUAUUAUUAUUAUUAUUGUUAUUGUCAUUCGAGAGAUGAAUAUUGUUCGUAGCGAUCGCGUUGAAUAUCCGUUUUCAAUAUUCCUAUAAAGAACCCACGUUAUCGAACGUCCGAAAAACUACAAUUUUCAAAACAUUCUCGCUGUUUCAAAUUAAAAAAAAAAAAAAAAAAUCAAAAAAUGGAUUGAAACGGGAGCGUUUUACCGGAGUCGCGAGAGUUUCCUCGCGAAGUCGUUUUCGUCCGUAAAACCGUCGGAAUACCGAGCACUGAUUUUCUUUCCGGUACCGACAUUUAGUGCUGGCCAACAGUAGCGUUUGCGAAAUUAGGGUUCCAUUUUUUCCAACGAUACAUUGGAUUUUCCGUAGUUUUUUUUACAGCGGACGCAAUAACAACAUCAAAAUCCUCUAUAGUUUCUUUAUAUUUUAGGUGGUCGUACCGGGGAAAUGAGAUUGAUAUCCCCAGAUUUUCCUUAUUUUUCUUAAAUAUUUAUAUUUUAUAAUAAUAUAUAGGACGGUUUUUUAAGUAUGCUCACUCCAUGGUGAUUUUUAUGAUUAAAUUAUGCAUAAAUACAAAUUCCGAUUUAUGGAAUUUUUAUGCGCACCUAGUGUACGACGAUAUUUUCAAAUACUUAGAUAUUUCACAAUGCUUAAAGAAUAUCCUGUGAUAAUACCAACUUAAGUUUUUCAAAUAAAUAUCUAUACAUUUUUAUGCAAAUCGUCAAAUAGAUUGACUUAUUGUUAUCGAAAUUUGAAUGAAAAGUUUCUGGGUUAUUCGACUUUAAAUACUAAAAGACAAUAGAUGCACGAUUCAAAACUGGUAAUUGCCUAUUCACGACUUCUAUAAAAAAAAAAAAAAGAUAGUAAGUAUCUAAUAUUCCAAUUCCCAUAAAAAUCUAUUAUCAUUAGUAUUUAAAACAUAAGGAUAACUCAUAAACUUUUCGUUCAAAUUUCAAUUUCAAUACGUCAAUAUUUUCAAAAAAAAAAAAUCAUCUGAUUGUUACGAAUUAAAUGUUGUGAAAAAUCUAAGUAUGCAAAAAUAUCGUCGGUCGCUGCCGGAAACCGGAAACUGCCAGAAUUCCGGAAUUCGGAAACCAGAAUUUGAUAUUACGCAUCAUUUAACCGGCAAAAUAAGUCGAGCAUACUUAAAAAAUCACCCUGUAUAUUAUAUUACGUCUUCAUAGUUUUAAAAAUAAAUUAUUUAAAUACUAAUAAUUCUUGAAAAUAAUUCUUCUCCCCUCUACCCCGUGACAAAGUCAUUCGACUGCCAUUGUGGUCUUUAGAAUGUUAAAAAUUAUUUUUAAUUUUAUAAAAUCGGAGAAAAUUUGUUAUGACCGGUUCCGACUGCAAUUGCUUUAAUAUAUAAUGUUAUAAUAUAAAUUUACAAUAUACAUCUGCAGUUCUAUUCGCUUAAUAAUAUGUCGUUAUAAAACGUGCACGCUUGAAUCGUUUCCCAUUUGACCCAUUUGACCCUCGAUUCGUCACCAAUGAAAAUUGAAAAAAAGAACUCGAAAAAAAAACCCGUGCCGGAUAGUUGGUACUCUCUUUUCAUUCGGAUUCCGUUCGAUAGAUUUCAUAAAAUAACAAAAAAAAGACAUCAAUAGCCAACUUCGAUUUUAUAUAUUAUUAUUUACACUAUAAUACGCUAAAUGGUAUUGCACGGUAAAAACGGCAGAAAAUAAAUAUUUAAAAAAAAAAAAAACCAUCGGUGUAAUACAAUAAAUAAUUAUAUUCCGCGCGUAGAUAACUUAUAAUAUAAUAAAACGGCGGAAUAAAAUAAAAUAUUUUUAAAAAAAAAAACUAUUUAAUUAUUUGCAUUAGGUUUUGAAUUAAUUUACUAAUAACGCUGCAUAAUGGGUUUUAAUGCAAUAUGCAAAUAACGACGUAAUACUGCUGCGUAUUAUGAUUCGAUUUUGUUUGUUUUCGCCUGUGUUUCAGUUCUGUAAAAUAAGGGCAAAUUGUAAAACGUCUAUGUAAUUUUGCAUAUUCGUUUAAUGCGUCUAAAAAUGUACUGGUCGAUUUUAGCCGGCAAAGUGCGUAGGCCGGGGCAGGUUAGGGGUUAUAUACCCCCCUCCAUUGUGUUUCAACCGCGAAAAUUCAACGGCGCAAAAUGUUAAUUUUAUUUUGAAAUUAUAAUUAUAAUACAUUUUAGCACGAUUUAUUGCAGAUUAAUUGGCUCUUUCGGGUCCGCGGCUUUUAAAUACCGCUUUUAAAUAAUGCCCUAUUUGAUGUUGUCCGGUAAAACAGCGGAAGGCGAUUCUACGAUUAUUAUAUUAUAUGCUGCAAUGUCCCGUUCGGCUGCCCCCGUUGAAAAUUUCUGGGCUCGCCACUGCACUGUCAUCGUCUUCGGUUUAUUUAACAAUAAAUUGACGGCGGCUGGAAUAUCAUUGGUAGGGAAGAAGGCUCGAGUUACUAUUUGUCAUUUUUUGAUUUUCUCAGGAGUUUUUCCAAUAUACGUGAAAAACCGAUAAAAACGUAGGAAAAAAGGGACAAUGUCAAACAAAUAUUACCUGUUAAAGAAAGUACAUAAUUUAUAUGAUUAUUUCGCUGUAACUGAUAUAACAGGUGAUCCAUUUAAGUGGGCACACUCGUUAUCUCAGAAAGUAUUAACUUUUUCCGGAAUUCGUUUUCUAGAAACACAUUUAAGAAACAAGCUGCUCUACAAUUUUAUGUUUAUAUUAUUUUUCAUUACCCUUAUUUUUGGGGGUAAACCACUACCUUUCUUAUGAUUUUCAAUUGGCAACCUAUAUUAAAAAGUAUAUAAAUGGAUGGAGUAUUAAUUAAAAUAAAUUUUAGUGUUGACAUUUUUGAUUUCCUUCGAUCCGUUGACGGGAUAUUCCACUUUUAAAUAUGGGUUGGAGGAGAGUAGCGGAGUAUCAUUUGUGUGGACGGUAUGGCGCGCGGCGUAUAAAUAAUGCACCACAACUCUCCACCAAACUAAAAUUAAAAGUGAAAUAUCUCGUAAUCGACUUUACAGAAAUCAAAAAUGUCCACACCCAAAAUUUAAUUUAAAUAAUACUCCUUCUAUUUAUGGCAUUUUUAAUAUAGGUUACCAUUUGAAAAUCAAAAGUAGGUAGUGGUUUUACCCCCGAAUAUAAGGGUGACAAAAAUUAACAUAAAUAUAAAAGUAUUGUAGUAAGCCGUUUGUUUCUGAAAUGUUCUAGAAAAAAAAUUCGAAAAAAAUUAAUACUUUCCGAGAUAACGAGUGUACGCACUUAAACGGAUCACCCGGUAUAUUGUUGAUAAAGCAACACUAUUAAUCGAAAUCCGCUCAGACUCGUUUUUUCGGCAACGUAGGUUAAUCGUUACUUACAGGUAUACAUUAAAUUCCCGUCUACAUCCUGCCCUCUCAACUUCCCGCCCACAACAGUGACUGCACCCGUUCCCAUUACCCUAAUGCUAAAGGCUUUUUUUUUUGUACAAAUUUAUCUUGCGCAAUUUUCCCCCUCGUAUAUUUUUCCGUCCGAACGUACACGGUACACGCUCAACGUCACUGCGAUGCGUACUUUUCGUUUGGCGAAAAAGACGUACAAACCGACGAAUCAAGCGGGCAAUUAUUGGAACGCGGCAUUUUAGGAUCGGGCCGUUCAUAGCGGCGGCGAUCACGUCGUUUCGAAAACGCGUUUCGCGUUAUCGGAAACCGUACGACCGUGGCGCGUUCGGGUGGGAGGGGGCCGGGGGUUACAUCCCGUCGGCUUAAAAAUACAACAUACUUUACGAGUAUUUAUUUGCAUAGUUGUUUGCAUGUACUUCAGCCAAGUAUUUUAAGAAAAAGCUCGGUUUACCGGUUGAAAAUUGACUUGGGCCCUCGGCUCUUGGGUUUCAUGUCCGGGUAGAGCGGAAUAUGCGAAAAACGAUAUAACAUACACGGUUAUUUACUCGCCACCUCCCCUCGUCCCGUCGCGCGUUUCCCGGGCACGCCGCUGCCGUCGACCCGAGCUGUCCUUUCGAUAGUGUCGCAAUCGUUUCGGCGGCGCACUCGAACGCCGCGGAUCGGUUCCGAAAUCGCCGGGAAGCGUUUCGCGCGCGCGCGCGCGCCCGUACUUUUCGCGUUAUAUAAUUUUAACAACAACAACAACAACAACAGCAGCAAUGUCGACCGGACGCGUUAUUACGAUAUUAUUAUUAUUAUUAUUAUCCCGCGCAUAAUAGACGGCCGGCGCACAUAACGCGCGAGAAACGGACAUUUACGGUAUUAUGGGCACACACACACACACACACGCUUACCUUUCUACGCGCGGCCGCCGCCGCCGCCGCCGCCGCCGUCGUGCCGAAUGCCGGAAUAUUGUUUUUGAUUGGAUACCCGCGAUAUUUUCGCCAAAAAAGAAAAACUCAGGAACGGGGAGGGGGGGGAGGGUUUGGUUUCUGUUUCGUGUACGCGCGGCGGCCGUCGCAGCCGUACGUCCGCGACACGAUAAUGCGCGCGCGGCCGUACGCGGUUUUUCGUCACCGAUAACCUACGGUGUUUGAUCCAUACCGGAGCGGUGACGGCUGGCACGGUACCCGCGCACAAAUACGGACGUAUAUUGUGUGUGUGUGUGUGUGUGUGUGUGUGUGUGUGGUUCGGCGUACGAGUCAACGGUUGUUAUGCGGCGUACGGCUGGUUUUUUUUUUUUUUCUCUCUAUCUUUUUCCACUCUCCACUCAUUAUUAUGUUAUUAUCCGCACAACCGCGGAAUCGAUUUUCGUUCCGAUAUUCCGCAAUCCGCACAGUGCCCAUUGGCACGGGCGGCACGGGCGGGGGCGUAAUAACGAUAUUACACGUACGCGUACACCCGGGAUAACAAUAAUAAUCACGUAAAACGCGACUUCGUUUGUGCACACAUUUAUUUACGAGUAUUGACCAUUUUAAUGAUUUUGUUUUUACUACUUUAUUGUUCCAUCAUUAAUGAUCGUACGGGAAUGUUGCGACAAUAUACGCCGUACUAAUAAUACGAUAUUAUUUUGUAAUCGGUUUUUUUUUUUCGUUUGUUUUGUUUUUCGUCGCACAGAUGGCGCUAAAGAUAUGGACGUUUCUGUUGGUCAUGUCGCUGCCGGCCGCGGAACACGGGCACGGGUUCGGUUCGUCCGCGGCCGUUUUAAACGGUAUCGAUUGUCGGCGACAAAACCCGCAAAGACUCUGCCAUUCCGAUUACGGGAAAACCGACGACCGAAUCAAAACGAGUAAGCGCUAGAAUAAUAUUAUACGUAUACUAUUAUAAUGAAAUUACAUAGAAAAAAAAAAAAAUAUAUACAACACGACUCCACCGAGUAUCUUUUAAUCGAGGAUCGAGGAUUCCGUUCAAACGAGGGCCGUACUUAGUUUGUGUCACGGUAUAUCGUUUUGACGUUAUUAUUCGGAAAUCGCUUGCCUAUCGUUUCAGUGGCGCCCGAACUAUACUCCUAGUGUAGCAGUUGCUACACAUCAUAUUUUGGGCGGGUUUUCCCGGUAAUUGGGAUUUUAGACGGUUAGACGGCUAGAACGGGUAUCAGCAUUCAAGGUAGUGAGUUGUAGGCGUUGGAAAGUAUAUAUUUAAAAAUGUUUUGAGGUGUACGGUAUUUUGAAUCUAAAAUUCGGCUACACCACAAAAAUAUAGUUUGGACCAGCGGCGUAAUUGGAAAUUCCGAUGACCGUUGCAAAAUCGUCGUUUUAGUAUUUACGAUUUUCAUACAAUGAGUUAAACGAAAAGAAAAGGUCAUUCAAAAAGACACUAUACGCUGUCUAAUAAUGCUUCGGGCCCCGAUGUGGGCUACUGCUAAGGUCCGUCAAUUCGGGCCCGUGGCGUUUGUCCACCACGUCCGUCCAGUAUUUACGCCACUGGUGUGGGCGCCACACCGCAUCAAAGCAAUCGGCACGUAGAACUUUUCGUUCCGAUCGGCGUAAAUACUUACCGGCUGUAUUUCUCUCAGUCACGCCAAUUUGUUGUACAUUACGGUAUAACCUACAGGUUUCGUUUUUUCGUCUGUUUCUCUGUAUACAGUUACGACAAUGGCCGCGACACACCGGGUGGACAAGCGAUCCGCUUCCAAAAUAAACAACAAACACCAUUACGCGGCGGCAGCGGCCACUUCCGGAGUGCCGUCGGCCGACGGCCGGUGCAUGGCCCGCGUGCAAGCGGCGCUGGGCGACAUGUUAUCGGCCGCGGGGUCGACGGGCACCAAGGACGGCAACCGCCGUCACACCGGCGCGCCGCCGCCGUCCGCCACGGGUUACAUGGACCUGUCCGGGUACGCGUUGCACCAAAAAUUGCGUACGGCCCCCGGGACGGAAAUGUACGUGACCGGAAUGCGAGCCAAGGUGUUGCCGUCCCGCGACGGCGCCACCGCGGCGGAUGCGUCGUCGGCGGACGCGUGGAGCGACCGUUCUUGGGCUCGGGUCGACGGGUGCCGAUACGAUCCUUUGGGCAACGUGCUGGAGGCGCGCAUGCGGUUCGGCAGGGCCUUGAUGGUCUCGGGUUCCGUGCGACUGUUGCACGGCGGCGGCGGCGGCAACAGAGUGGGCACGGGUCUACCUGGCGGCGAAACCGGAUGCGACAUGACGCUGCGUCUCAGGCCGCGGGCCGGUCUGGGAUUCACGGCCAUGCCGCUGACCAUGCCGGAAAAAUCGCCGCCGAACCGUCUGACAGCCACGCCUACAAUGACCAUACGUACCACGGCCACGUUUAUCGACCCCGAACCCGCGGAUGACCCGGCGUCCGCUUACGUUAGCGUCCACUCGUACAACUGUGUGGGCGGUGCCGCGGGUUUUCCGGGCAGCAACUACAGGGAGCGUCCGUCCGGCGCCGUGAUCGCGUCGUCGGAUCGUUUCGAGCAGUUUUUGUCCACCGAGGAGAGCGGAAACAACGACGAGCUACAGUCCGACGGCGGAGAGAUCGAAAUCGACAUGGACGACGACGGCAGCACGGAAUCCACCGAGCACAACGACAAACGCAGUAGUAGCAGUCGACGUCCGUCGUCGUCGUCGUCGUCGUCGUCGUCGUCGUUUUCGUCCGUGGACGUCACGCCCAUCGUGUCUGUGGCCGGGCCCGCGGCCAUGGCGUCCCCGGGGAUCUCAUCGUCCCCCGCAACCGCGCCUCCCCAAUUCCCUUUCAUUUCCGCCGGUUUCGUUGCCCCGGCGCCCCCCAGCCCGGAACCCAGGCUACGGAGAAUACAGUACCAGAACAAGCCCCUGCCGCCGCCACUGCAGCCGUCGCAGCAGCCGCCGCUGUUGCCACUGCCGGCACCGGUACGUCCGCAACAUCCUCUUUUGACCGUGGCUAUCGCCGGAAACAACAACAACAUCAACGAUUACCAUCAGCAGACGCAGGACCAACUGCUCAUGGAAAUGGAAGAGGUGUUCGUCCGGGGCGUCCGAUCGCUGUUGGCCAAACACAUGGAACGCACCCUGAAGCCCGUGCUGAAGGACUCGCUCAUGGCCAACAUGGGAUACACUGUGUCGUACGGUUGAAACCAUAA